AUGGAGGAAGCUCAAGAUCUCAUUAUUCAAUCUGCAGCACAUGUUGAACAGUCAGUUAUCCCUCUGGCAGAGGCUCUUAUUCCAGAGUCUAUGCCACAAUUACAGACUCCACCACACUGCAAAAGCUGCCAUACUUGUCUCGCUCAAUUGUGGAUCAGCGUAACUACCUAA